CUAAGGGGGUUUAACUGGGCUUAUCGUUAAACUGCUGUCCAUCUAGCUUAUUUUGAGAUCAAGCCCGCGUGGUCCGAUGACACACGGUCGUCCCACGCGCGGGAAAAACGUCUUUACAGGAAAAAUGACCUGUGAAAAACACUGGAAAGCCUGGAAGCCCCGUUGAAGUAAGGUCACGACUUGUUCUUGGGCGAGGUAUUUACCAAUUUUUCAUUCCCCUCCAAUACGACUUGCGGGCAGCCCAAGUACAAUCCACCGCGCAGUCAUCGCAGUUCCUCAACCGACCUAAGACUUGUGUCGGAAGUUCAACGAUUUUUCAACCUCUUCAAAAUAAUUCGAAUAUAAAUCAGAAAUGGGUAGCGUCCCUCAAGUGUCCGUCCUGAAGGGGCCGGUCGUCGGCAACGUUGACAAGCCGAGACUCCACAAGCUCUUCUCAGCGAAUGCGGCCAAGCAUCCGGAAAAGACAGCUUUGAUCUGCGAAGAAGAUGGCAAGCAUCCGACCAAGAGCCUGUCGUACGGAGAGGUCGAGGAGAGGUCCAACAGGUUGGCGAGGGCAUUACUCCUGGCGACUAAAGAUAAAAGUCCCAAUGAUGAUGGAGACAGGGUCAUCGGGCUGUGCAUGGAGCCGUCGCCGGAGCUCAUCAUCGCGAUCCUCGCCGUUUGGAAGUCCGGAUGUUCUUACCUCACAUUCGCCCCGAACGCGCCGGUCAACCGGACCAGACACAUCGUCCAGGAAGCCCGACCUGUAUUGGUCGUGACAGACAAAAGUGGCACAGGUGAUCUCUACGCGCCGACGGAAUGCGUGGAGUUUUCAGGACUUGAGGCCGUUUCCGCAGACCUGUCCGAAUCGACCCUGGAAGAAGACGAAUCCUACCCGACGAAGCAGGACGCCAUAAUCAUCAUCCUGUACACUUCUGGCAGUACGGGAAUCAGCAAGGGUGUCCGAUUGAGGAAUUCAAGCACUCUCAACCGACUCCGCUGGCAAUGGCGGGUUGUUCCUUUCGCCGAGACCGAAGACCACUCUGUUUUCAAGACUUCUUUGACUUUUGUCGAUUCUGUCUGUGAAAUCUGGGCACCACUUCUUGAGCCUACAAGAGGAAGGACACUCGUCGUCAUCCCUUCUGCCACGACGACAAACCCUCAGAAAUUGGUCGCUCUGCUGAACAAAUAUAAAGUCGAGAGAUUCCUCCUUGUGCCGUCCCUCCUCAAAAGCAUUCUUCUCUACCUUGGUCUUUCUAAAGAGAAUGCAAAAUUACUCGACAGUGUGAAAACAUGGGUGUGCAGUGGUGAGACACUUUCGGUUCCACUGGCCCUCGAGUUCUUCGACAAUUUCCCCUCCGGCAAUCAAUCCUUGUACAACUUUUACGGGAGCACAGAAAUAAUGGGCGAUGUAACUUAUCACAAAAUGAGCUCUUUUGAGGAAGUGAGCAUCAACGGAAAAGUGCCGAUAGGAAUUCCUUUGGACAAUACAAUCAUCUACCUCCUCGAUGAGAGCAUGAAAGUCGUCGACGUGGGCCAAAUGGGCGAGCUGUAUGUCGCCGGAACCCACCUCGCCGACGGGUACGUCAAUAAAAGAGACACCUACCGUUUUGUCGACAACCCCAACACCGUCGACCCAGCGUACAAAACCGUGUAUAAAACCGGCGAUUUUGGGCGCGUCGUCAAAGGGACUUUGGUCUUCGAAGGAAGGACCGAUUCCCAGAUCAAAGUGCGAGGAAACAGGGUCGACCUCGCAGAAGUGGAAACGGCCCUUAAUAAAAUUUCAGGGGUGCAAAAGGGUGUCGUUUUGUGUCAUCGCCUCGGAGAGUCUGGCCAGCAAAUAGUAGCGUUCGUCCUUCUUGAAACAGAGUCGAAACUCGAUCAAAAAACAAUCGAAGAAGAACUUUUAAAAUCUGUGGCAGAAUACGCCAAACCACAGGUCUUAAUUAUUAAAAAAAUGCCUUAUUUGGUUAAUGGAAAAGUAGACAGGCAGAGUUUACUUGCACUCUACCGUGAAGUUGAAAGUGCUCAUUCGAUUGAAGCUAAUAUAAACUUCGACUACAGUUUUGUCCCCAAAGAUAAAAUGGACGCUGCCGAAUGCCUGUUUUCCACUGUAGCUGAGGUGCUUGGUCAUUUGGCAAGAGGCAAUAUCAGCUGCAAAACAAAUUUCUACGAACUCGGGGGAAACUCGCUCAACUCUGUUGUGACCAUAUCGAAACUCAAAGAAAAUGGAUUUUUCAUCAGUAUUACAGAUUUCAUAACAGCUGACAACCUGGGUAUCGUCAUCAGAAAGAUGUACAAAAAGGAGGAAAAGGAAAAUUUCCAGAAUGGUUCUCAAUCCCUUAACAAAUACACUCUCAGGAUAUUAGAGGAAAAAGACAAGGAAAUUGUAAUCGGAAUAGUGGCUGACAGCUUUUACAGAAAAUCUGAUAUCGAGACCCACAUGGUUCCUCCUGUCAAACGAGCAGAAUACAUCGCCCUCCUUGAAGCUGUUUGGCCCUAUCUUGUCAAACACAGAGUCAGUAUUGUUGCACUGAAUGACAGUGAAGAGAUAAUGGGUGCAAGUCUUGUUUUCCAAAUGGACGAUGAACCCGGUGAAAUCGACUUACACUGCCAAAUUCAGUAUGUUCUUGAAUUUCUCGAUUAUGUAGAAGUUCCAAUAAGGGAUACGAUGCUACCAAAAAGCAAAGUGUUGCACUCGUUCAUGUUGGGUACGGAUCAGCGCCUGACACCACAGGAAAAUGUUGAAAUAACAGAAAUCCUCGAGAGUUACAUUGUGCAAAUGGGAAAAGAAAGAGGAUUCGUAGGUGUUUUCACCACUAACACAAGCCCUCUUACUCAGCAACUGGCAGUUAUAAAUGGCUUCCAGCCUCUCAACAAAUACCAAAUAAACCAGUAUGUUGCACCAGACGGUACCAGGCCGUUUAAAAAUGUUCCUGAUGACGGUUUUGCCAUCUGCGCUUGGAAGCCUUUUUAAAAUAUGUGAUCCCGUGAUAUGAUUUUAUUUAUAUAUGUAUCUAUUUGACCACUGUUAUUUGUACCAAAAAGAAUUAUUUAAUUUAUUUUCUUGUAAUAUCCAAAGUGAUAAUUUCUAGACUAGCCUAUAACCUUAUGAUAGGAAAGUUAUUAAUUAUUACCAUUAUGUAUUAUAAAAUUUAUCAAACUUGCUUGUACAUAGUUUUAAAAACAUGAUGUUUAUUGUGUAAAGUUUUGAGAGAGAUGAAAAAUACAUUUAAAAAAUAUUAAUUUAAAGACCUAAUAUUCACCUUCUCUAUAUUCAUUCAGAAUUCCAAGCAAAUAUCCAUCAACUUUAUAUGUUUAUAUUGUUUAUUA